AUGCCAUUAUUCAGGGAAUCGAGUUUCCUAGUUGUCCAUCCGGGGUCACAACAUACCAUAUUUUCGUUUGGUUUACAGGAUCCAUUAUCUCCCCCUCAAUAUAAGAUUCCAUCUGUAGUUUAUCAGGAUCCAAAUACUAAAGAAUAUAAAUCGAAGAAGAAUGAAGGUGAAGAACUAAUUGAAGUACAUCCAAUCAAAGAAAGCAGGAUUGUCGAUUUAGAUGCGUUUAACUACUUAUUAAAGAUCAUAUUACAAAGUGUAAUCACUAAUAAUCCUGUUAUUACAAUCAAUCAAAUUCCGUUACUACUUAUAGCACCAUCUUUGGCAUGGUCAAGAUCGAACAUUGAAUAUGUGACAAAAUACGUUAUUGAAUCUUUAGAAUUCACGGCAUUCAACGUUAUAGACUUGUCGAUUGCGUGUAAUUUUGGCAUGGGUUCGUCCUCUAGUUCUUGUGUUGUUAAUAUUGGCCACGAGUCGUGUCAGAUAAUGCCGGUUAUUGGAUAUCAAAGUAUUAAGUACGCAGGCAUAUAUUUGAAUGGAAUUGGGGGUAAGACUAUAAAUGAGGAAGUACAGAAAUUGUUACCUAACUUGACUGGUAAGCAAAUUGAAGCCUUAAAAACAUCAGGAAUUUUUGAAGCUGUUAAUGAUCACGAUUCCUCAUUCUAUUCUGUUGCUGAUUUAAAUACUAUUGGUGAAAAUAAUGAAGAUGAUGAAGAUUUUGAUGUAGCAAAAAUAGUUACCGAACAAAACGGUAACUUGCCGAAAAGCGAAUCUGAAGCAAAUCAAGGUGAAGAAGAUAAGCAGGAAGAAAAAUCGAAUAGUGAGCUUGAAAAGAACUUCUUCUUGGAUCCAGAUACGAAAGAAAAAAUAUAUGUGGGCAAAGAAAGAUUUCAAGGAGUUUCCAAAUUGGUCAAUCGUGUAGCAGAAGCCAUAUAUGAAUCUCUAUUAUUAAUACCUGAUUUAGAGAAGAGACAAGAGUGCUAUGAUAACUUGAUAUUUGUUGGCUCUACCUUCAAAAUUCCUGGUUUAAAGCAAGCAUUGCUAAUUAAGCUUACUGCUGAUUACCUUGUUAGAUCACCAGGUGAAUCAACCGCGAACGAUGAAACAACCGCUGUUAACUCGGCUAUAGUCGCAUAUCAACAAGCAGAGGAACUUAAUGAGUCAAACGGUGAAUCGAAUUUCAUAUUAUCUCAGGUCCCAACCGCUAUUAGAGCUGCAAAACAUCCGGAUUACUUUCCUGAAUGGAAACAACCUAAAGAAAAAGGGGGUUCAUGGGAAGAUGUCUACUUUUUAGGUGCCGAAAUAUACGCUAAACAAAUAUUUGGUGGGAAUUCGAACCAAGGUGGUGAAUUAUUUUUGGACGCCGAUGGAUAUGAAGAGAAAGGACCUCAAGGUAUUUGGGACGCAACUAUCUAA